UCGACGAAAGUGGGGACGAUACGAAGAGCGAGCAAGGAGAACAAGGGGGUGUGUUGAGAGGGGAGAUUGUCUUCCAACCUUCCAUCCACCUCGAGUCGAAGCCCUCCGCCUGAUUUCAUCCACACCCACGUCAUGUUCCAUCUACCGUUGAGACCUAAUGACCGAGAUCGCGACAGGGACCGGACUCACAAAGCGUCUACUUCCUCAAACGUCUCCUCCAAAUCCAAACAACGCAAGCAUCGCUCGUCCCACGGACCAUCCUCUACCCGCUCCCCAACCAAGGAACGACCUCCCGACCCUCCCACGGACCGCUCCUCGACCCCUUCGCUUUCCGCCUCUGAUACCCCCCAGCAACGUCGUUCCUCAAUGCCAGGCGUAGACAGCGCCAGCCGCUCCGGCGCGGCUUCCUUCCUCGAAUCGAGAACCAGUCUCCCUUAUCCGACCUUCUCCAAGGCACACAGCAGGGAAGCAGUCGGCAAACCGAACAUCCCAACCCCUGACCCGACCGACUUGACCGAGCAGGUCAAAGAGGCGGCCGAUGGAGGAAGCCAUGAUCGUCCCGACAGCAACAAGAAUGCGCCUCCAAGUCCGCCGUUAACGAGCGUCGAUCAACAAUCCCGCCAGGGCAGUACGGUCUGUGAUCUUAAGGACGCGAAACCUGCGGAGGAGAAGCCAAAGACUAAGAUUCGGAUCCGAACCGAGUCGACACGCUCUUCAUCAAGCUUGCGAUCGAAGAAAGAAGAAGGAGCCAAGACAAGCAAGACGGUGCGGUCGGAUUCGACAAAGACAAAACGUUCCAGCCAUGACAAGGAAUCGCCAUCUCGGACCGCCAGCCGCAAGUCAUCCAAGAGCAAGAUUGUGGAGGAUGCAGCGCUGCCAAAACGCCCCUCUAGUCGCACGGCCACGACGCCGCCACGUUCCCCAGCAACAGUACGCGACUUUGGUCCGGAAUCGACUAACGGAUCGGAGGCCACAACUGUAGCCCCAGCUCACCAGUCCACCACUUCCCGCAAGAUUAGGAGCCCAGAAAAGCCGCCCUCUCGUACCCAAACACGAUCAUCCACAUCCCAACGUCCGGGAUCCGCAUUGCGCAGCCCAAUGGAAGCUGCGUAUGACUAUGGACGUCCCCCGACCGCGAACUCAGCCUAUGGGGCCCCUCCGCCUCCGCCCCCGCCUCCGGAGGUGCCUAUAUCCAUCCCCAAGGUAGACUAUCUAUUGCAGAAUGGUGGCUUAGAUCAUCGAGCACCGAAAUCACUUCUCCAGAGUUUGACCGGCUCAGAGGUCACGCCGUAUUCGCCCACGCAGCCGCAACUUGUGGCGGCCAAAGUAUUCGAGCCUUUGAAUCGGCUCCUGGAAGAUUACCAUCAUGUCAUGACGAAAAAUGGCUCACUCGCCGUUGCAACCGGAUAUCGAUCCGUAGCUCGGCGACUUCUAGACCGGCUGGAGGCCGUCUUUGCCCGUGACAUCUCGUCUGAAUCAUGCAAUUGCCUGAUGUGUGAACAUGAGGAACUGGAGGAACGUCCGACGGGCGUCAGUUGGGGCGAGGUUUUGGAAUUGGUGUCCGGCCGUCGUGAGCUGCCCAACUGGCCACCCUUCAGAUUGUCUCCCACAGUCGUUGACCCGGACUGGUCCGGUGACGAGCACAUCCCCAUGCAGAAGCUCGACAUUGAUGUACCGGAAGAGUAUCGGGAACAUUACAUUCGACAGUCCCGCAAGACGAAGGUUGCCGUCGAUAAAUGGCUCAGCGAGCAGACUGGUGGAGGAACCAGUGCACCGGAUGAUGUUGAUGAUGAGACAUUGACAUUUGCUAUCUUGACUCAUUUAGAGCCCGAGGAACGGCAACUUUUCUCUGCUAUUCUUGGAAUUGGUUCUACAGUACCUACGCCGCGGCCCGAGGGACAACCGCGCCCACGACCCGCUCCCUUGGUCUCGUCAACGUUGGCGAUUCAACGAUUAUAUAGGCUGUCGGCUCCUCCGCGGGAUCCCGAAACUGCGAUUUACAUGCUUAAUAACCCCGGCAUGCAUCAUGUCCUCGCCACCUUGGCGGCAAUCAGCGACGACGAAUGGGAUAUCCUCAUAUCCGGUCGCUUUGACGGAUUCCUACGCAGUGGCGCCGAAGAUGCUUUUCCUUCCGGAUCAGUCCCUUCGCGUUAUGGGAGCACCCGGUCAAAUACCCCAUACACAACGGGGGGCAUUUCGCGUGGGCCAACCCCUAGCCAGCCGGAUGGGCUUCCCAGACCUGCCAGUCAGCCAUAUGGCACGUCCUCCCCUGCCCCUGCAUCCUUUGGGGGACCCAUUGCCUUGGAUGAAGAGAUGGAGAUUGCGGCUCUAGCCGAGAUCGAGCGAGAUAUCUACCUGGGAAUGGAGGCGCUGGAAGAUGCCUUCGAGGCUUUGCAUCUCAAGGCCGAGGCCGUGCGCCGGGCACUUCGCGAGCGGGGGGCUGGUUUGUCGAUCGCGAAUCAGAAUCGCCGCGGGUCUUUUGUGGAAGCUCGACUAGGCACACCCGCCUCUCAGUUCGGUUGGGAUAAUGGGGUCGACGACGAUUUCUUCCUCGAUGACGGUGUCUCCUUGGCGCCGGAUGACUCGGCGAGUAAUAUCAGCUCGAAUCGUCGGCGUCGCCCGAAGCGGCGGACAGAACGACGAACCCCGGCGCCAGUCGAAGAGGAAGAUGAGGAACAGGCAUACGACAGCCGACGAGGCACUCGGAGAAGAUAGUACCCUUAUCUUUUAGUUGGGCUGCACAUUGCCAGGACGGUGAUCAUCAGCGCUGCUAUUUUCUUCUAUUUGCUCUGCUUCCUUACCUUACCAUAUUUUGUUUCUUUGUGUUUCUUUCUGCCUCGAGUACAGCGGUAACGACAUGUAAUGACAG